GGUCCUUUAUGAAUCUUCCUCUUUUAUUUAACGCCUUGUUGUCAAGCAUUUGACAUGAGGAGGAUGGAGAUUGACGACACAUCAUCGGCCAGAGUCUCCAUAGGCUUCCCUCUGGGUUUGGCUCUUCUCUUCACCUUGUUCUUCUUCAUUUGCUGCUUCUUCUGCUGCUGCCUGCACUGGGAUAAAAUUCAAGCUCUGCUUCGUUCUUACGGCCUUAUUUACACCACUCAUCACUCUCACUCAUCUCCAGAUUUACCUUCCUCUCACCACAAACCUGCGCCUCCUCCUGUGGUGAUGAAACAGAGCGAGGUUCAGAGCUUGCCUGUAUUGAUGCCAGGAGAUGAGGUUCCAAGGUUCAUAGCCAUGGCGUGUCCUUGUAAUCCUCCCAAACACGAAAAGAUUACGAUUCAAGUUCACAAACAUGAUCCUACUGAUCUUUGCAGUGGCGCUUGAAUCCAGACUCGGGAUUUUCUUGAAGAUGAUAUAGGUCACGGAAGUUUAAAGAUUAAGCCCAACAAACGCCAAGAGUUCUUCUACACAUGCUUUACCGUAAGAUAGC